GCCGCUGAUAGUAAAAUUCCUUAAAAUUACCUUUAUCAAUUUCAACUGAUUCUAUAAUAUUAUCUAUUGAAAUACGGUACGUAAAAUACUAUGAAUUAUAAAUGUAUAUUUUUUUUAUAAAUGUAAUAACUUUUAUAAUUAUAAAAAUCAAGUAAACCUAUACCAUUAUUUAUUUGAUUUAUGGAGAAAAAAAAAAUUUGUGUCUUUCAUAGUCUAAAGAUUUCUAAUUAUCAUUUUAUCAUUUUUGUUGUUCUAUGAACUACUUAUGAGUUAAAAAAAAUUCCCACACUAUAGGAAAAUACGUUUAUCAAUUUUUAGAAAUAUUUAUAUAUAUAUAUAUAUAUAUAUAUAUAUAUAUAUAUUUAAGGCAAUUAUAAACAACCAGAUAUCAAUAGAUAAUACACCUUUGACACCACUUAAUCAAGACAUGGUGCAGAGAUUAUAUCCAAAUUUAAAAACAGACGAACAAGUCGAUGAUAACCAGGUGUUACUCAGGGAAAAUGCAAAAAUCAUUAGAGAUCGAAUUAUCAAUGGACAUGUGGAAGAAGCUAUGGAAAAACUUAAACUCCAUCCCGAUGUUAUAUUCUACGACUUUGGGAGAAACUUAUACACCACCAUAGUGCCCCUUAUUGAGAAACAUAAACCGAAAAUUUCUAACAAAUACACAAUCAUGGAUCAAAUUCAUUUAAUUGGUAUCGACGAAUGCAGGAAACGUAAGGAGCACGUGUAUCUAAUGUUUUUUGCAGCUGCCUUGUGUAAAUUGGAGGUAUUGAAAGAAGCAAUCGAAUAUUUGAAACACGAUUCGGAAGACAUCAACACAAGUCGUGAAGGUAAUACAGUUCUUACGUAUUUUUUUAAAUUCUCGAAUUUGAAUAAUGAGAAGUAUUGCGACACUUUGUUAUAUUUAAUUGAGUGUGCUGAUGUAGAUGUUAACAAAAGAGAUUAUUCUAAUAUGCCACCACUAGAAUACUUAAUUAAGAAGCUUGAUAGAGUGGAUGGAAAUAUGAAAAUAUCAGUCAAAAAAUGCAUUCAACUACUGUUAUCAACGAAAACUAUUGAUUUAAAAGAGUUAACAGAAAAAGAAACAUUAGGGAAGACGUUAAGGAAUAAUGGCCUAGAACUUCAGUCUAUUCCUAAUAUAGUUCAGAACAGAACAUCCCCAUUCACACUGUUGUCCAAAAAGAACUUGGAUGAAUUUUUAAAAGAAGUACAACCCGAAGAUAAAGAUUUGGACGACGGUUCUAAUACACUUUUACAGCUGGCAUGUAGAAACGACGCAUUCCAGGCUGUAGAAAAGUUAAUUGAAUUAGGAGCUAAUCUAAAUAAAACAAUACCUUCAAAUAAGACGUAUCCUCUUGCUUAUGCGGCAAUAAAGAAAUCUAACAAAGUAUUCGAUUUAAUAUUGAAAGCGUACGAAUUACAAGGCUUGAAGAUUGAACAAAAUCUAUUUAAUUACUUUGUUAAUUUUCGUGGAGGACAAAUUAAAACUAAAUACUUCGAUCUUCUGUUGGAGUCCAAAUGCAUCGAUGUAAAUUUAAGAUAUACCAACGGCAAUACUCCUCUGCAUUUCGCAAUUUUUUUCGAAAACAAGACUGCCAUACAAAACUUGUUAAAGCAGGGAGCAUCUCUUCUAAGCAAAAAUAAGAAUGGAAAAGCACCAAUAGAUUAUAUUGCCAAGGAAGACUUACAUACAUAUUUGGAUAGCUGCAUCCUACAAGACAAUUAUAAUCGACCUUACAAUGGCAAAUAUGAACUCAGAUUAGAUUUCAGUAUGUUCGUCGGAAACGAGGACAAUGAAAUUAAAACAGUUGAGCAUAUAUGUGGCAAAAAGAACUUAAAGCCGUUAAUCCGACAUCCUAUAGUUGUAAGUUUUAUAAAUUUAAAGUACAAUUUAAUUUCACAAUUUUACUUGAAUCUAGUUAAGACUGUAUGUUUGACUUUAGCUUGUUUAAUUAUUUGUAAAAUUAGUAUUUUUGCUUUUAGUAAGGUGGAAAGUGUUUUUGUUUUAAAUAUUUUAAGGUAUUUUAGUGUAAUUAUUUAUUUAUUGUGCGUGUGUGACUUUAAGGAUUCUCUUCUAAGAAAUCUUAAUAUUGCUUUAUUUGAAAAAAGUCCCAGAUCAUUUUAUUUCUUAAUGUGGACUUUUCUUAUCUCAAAUUCAAGUAUAGUGACGCCUUUUUUGUACGGUAUAUUAAUGAUGCCGAUGGUGAUGAUCGUCACUAAAAGAACAGAUAGGUCUUGGGCGUCCACAUGUGCAGUUAUCUUUUUAAGUUACGGUAUAUACUUUCUAGAUUCUUUUAAUUUAUUAAUUUAUUUUACAAUAUUCAUUGUCAGUUUAAUACUAGCUAAAGUAUGGUUCUAUCAUCCUAAAAAUAAUUUACUACAAUCCAACCUUUUAGAAAUAUUUGUCAAAAUAAAAUCAUUAUUGAACUAUGUAUUUCUAAUAAUUUCAUUUUAUCUGGCUUACUCUGUAAUUGUCGAAAACUUUGUCAGUGGGAAUCCUGUUAGUUAUGAAUCCGUAUGUAUAUCCAUAAUUCUAUUAAGUUUGUCAAUUUAUUUAAUAAUUUUAACAAACUUGUUUAGUGCAUUGUUAGAUAGUUGUUCGGAUUUUACUAAAGCUAUUAAAUUUUACAAAUACGAAAAUAUUAUUAAAUUCAUUAGAUUUGCUGAAGACUACUAUAAAACAUCAAGUCACUUAAAGAAUAAAUUAACCAAUCCAUUUUUAAAAACCUUGCUAAUUGAAAAUGAUAUACCUCAAAAAAGCAAUAAGAAGAGAAGAAAUUCGAAGAAUUAUGUGAACUUUUUAUUAAACAAAAAUAAGUUUAUAAAUGAAAAGUUGCACCACUUUAAAAUGGAUAUAAGGACAAUCGAAGAAUUGCGAGAAUUAUGUGAACGAAAAGUUAGUAAUAUAGAAUCAAAAGUUAAAUAUUAAUCGAAUAUAUUUCCAUAAUUCCAGUAAUUAUAAUUAUUAUAGUUCUUUUAGAGUUACAAUGCAGUAUUACAUAUGGUGAUUAGUAUAUAGGAUAGAGUUAGUAUAUUGUAGUGAAAUUUUAUUGAACAUGUACAGUAUAAAUAAAUGUUAAAAUAUA